AUGUCGCUCGACCCGCCUACCUAUCUGGCCUCGCUGCAGGGCAAUAUCCGCCAGCGACCCAUUCCCUGGGAUGGCGCCGUGCGCGCGGGAACCCUGACCGAUGAGCACUAUGCCAAGAUCCGCGCCAUUGACAAGACCAAGAAGCCUGAGCAGAGGAAGGAGACUGUCGAGGCCGACCUCGACGGCUACCGCAUGCUGUUCGUCGGUGCCGAGGGGAAGCCCAGCGUCGUCGAAUCGGCUGCUCAGCAUGCCAAUGUCAUUCAGUACAUCCUAGUCCUCCUGUCCGAUCUUCUCGGAGACGUUCCCUCCCUCGCCAAGGCCCUCUUCAAGACGACCGAUCCCUACAGGCACUUCCUGCCCCUGGUCAAGUCGACCAACCCCGAAGACCCCAUCCCCCUGCUGACGGCGCACGCUCUCACCACCCUCCUGUCCAAGGCGCGCGACGGCUCCGACUCGACCCGGAAGGCCCUGCCCGUCAUCCUGAGCUACCUGUCCGGCCUGGCCAAGAGCAACGAUGCCGGUCUCCAGGACAUCGCCGUCCAGGAGUACUCGUCGCUCCUGUUCGGCAAGGCCUCGCGAGACCAGUUCUGGAGCCACCGCGGUGAGACGGUCGAGCCUCUCAUCACCAUCCUCCAGACGGCCGCCGGCAUGGGCGCAGGUGGCACCUCGUCGGCCAGCGUGUGGAGCGGCAACGGCAGCGCCACGGGCUUCGAGGGCACCCUGGCCGGCGGCAUCGGGCUGCAGCUGCUGUACCACGUCCUCCUCGUCAUCUGGCAGCUGAGCUUUGAGUCGGAGGAUAUCGGCGACGAUCUGAACAACGAAUACGACAUCAUCAUCCUCUACACGCAGCUCCUGCGACUGUCGCCCAAGGAGAAGACGACGCGCCUGAUCCUGUCGACCCUGUUCAACCUGCUGGACAAGAACCAGCGGUCCCUCCUGCCCACGGCAGUGCUGGCCCGCCUCCCCAGCGUCCUGGAGAACCUGGCCAGCCGCCACCUGACGGACCCGGACCUGCUGGACGACCUCGAGACGAUCAAGGACAUGCUCGAGGAGUACACCAAGACCAAGACGACGUUUGACGAGUACGUGGUCGAGGUCCAGUCCGGCCACCUUCGCUGGUCCCCGCCUCACCGCAACACCGUCUUCUGGGCCGAGAACGCCCGCAAGAUACUCGAGUUCGAGAAUGGCGAGCUGGCGCGCCAGCUGGCUGACAUCAUGUCCAAGCCCUGGGACAAUGACAAGCAGGUGCUGGCCAUUGCCUGCAACGACGUCGGAAACCUGGUCAAGGAGGUGCCCGAGAGGAGGCAUCAGCUCGAAAAGGUCGGGCUCAAGCGCAGGGUCAUGGAGUUGAUGCAAUCAGAGGACGAGAAUGUGCGAUGGGAGAGUCUUCGGGCUCUGGGAGCGUGGCUCAAGUAUACAAUCUAG